AGCGAGAGAUAGAGAGACCGAGCGAGCGAGAGAUAGAGACAGAGAAAAGAAACGGGUUGAAAAAUGCGGUCGUCCACUUCCUGUUCUUGUCUGCCGUGUGCACACACACACAGAAAAACUCCCUGGCUCGCAUCAGCUUCUUAGUUACUGCGAGGCCGAGGUGUAGAGAGCGACAGAGAGAGGAGGGAAGGUCUCUGCCCCGCGCCACAGCACCACCAUGACCCGGGGAUCCAGGAGCGCUAGGGAGGGCACCCACAGCUCCCUGCUGACCCUGGAGGAGAACGAGAAGAUGGAGGAACUCCUGGGAAGAAGGUGUACUGCUAUGGCCACCGCGGUGGUCCAGCUGUACAUGGCCCUGCCUCACAGCCCGUCGGUGUGGACCCUGCAGCACACCGGGGUGGUCCGCUUUGUGAAGGACAACCCCCAGAGGUCCUACUUCAUACGCGUGUUCGACCUGAAGGCUGGAGUUCAGUUCUGGGAGCAGGAGCUCUACUCGCAGUUUGUUUACAGCUGUCCUCGGCCGUACUUCCACACAUUCCCAGCUGAUGAUUGCCAAGUGGGGCUCAGCUUUGCCAGUACGCAAGAAGCGGAAAUCUUCCAACGUGUCGUAGAGGACAAGAUUAACCAAAGAAAUAACCGUCGAGAAAAGACACAACAACCUCAGUCUUCCAAUGGCCGAAGUUUGCCUCCACCACCGACAAACAAAGGUUUUUCCAUGGCUACGGUGGACAUCCAAAACCAGGACGUUCAGUCCUCUCCCUUCCGCUCCAUGCCCGGGCCGCUUGCCUCCUUCUCCACCAGCAAGAAAGGGAAGAAGGAGAAGAAAGGAAAAAACAAGGGCUCCAAACUCUCCAAGCGCGACAUAGGAGCGCCUAGCGGCUUCACCCAUGUGAGCCACGUGGGCUGGGACCCCAACACCAUGGACCCGGACCUGGUGAAGCUGCUGGCCAGCGCGGGGAUCGGCGAGGCGGAGAUGAAGGACGAGGAGACCUCCGAGCUCAUCUUCAACAUCAUCCAGCAGUCGGGGGGCAUGGAGGCCGUGAAGAUGGAGGUCAACAGAGCCGGCCCCCCUCCCCCUCCCCAACAUGGCCGUCAGGGCCCUCUCCCGCCUCCGCCGGGCUCCUCCCCCUCCUCUUCUUUCCCGACCCGGCCGCCCACGCGCCGCACGGGCCCCCUGCCUCCCGUCCCGGGCCAAUCCCCCCAGCGCGGGGGGGGCCCCCCACCGCCGCCCCCUCCUCACGGGGGUCCAGCGCCUCCUCACGGGGGUCCACCGCCUCCACCGCCGCCCACCAGCCGGGGCGGUCACCCACCACCGCCCCCUCCCCAGUCCAGGUCCCCCGCGUACCCCCCGCCCCCCUCCAAGCUCGACGCCCCGCACCAGCAGCAUUUCCCGCCGCCGCCUCCCCAUAUGUCAUCCCAUGGCCCCGCCCCUCCACCUCCUCCUCCUGCUCACUCGUUCGCGGGACCCCCCCGCCCCCACCUCGCCCCGGCAGCCGCUCAUCUCGGUGGCCCACCUCCCCCGCCCCCGCCACCGGCAACAAAGCCUCUGCAGGACGAACAAGACUUCCCCGUCCCCCCUCCUCCCUUCCCUGGGGGUCCAGCGGCCAGGCUAGGUGGAGGAGGUGGAGGAGGAGGAGGAGGAGGAGGAGGAGGAGGAGGACACGAGUCUGAGGUCACGGACGGACGUGACUCCCUGCUCAGCCAGAUCCGUCUGGGGAGGAAGCUGAAGAAUGUGACGGAGUACCCUGAGACCGCUACGCCCGCAUCGGCGGGUGAAGGGGAGGGCAUCGUGGGAGCGCUGAUGAUGGUCAUGCAGAAGAGGAGGAAAACCAUUCACUCCUCUGAUGAAGAUGAGGGAGACUGUGCCGAUGACGACGAUGACGACGAUGAUUGGGACGAUUGAGGAGGGUUGUGUUUAGGGUUUCUUUGUGUGUGUGUGUGUGUGUGUGUGUGUGUGUGUGUGUGUGUGUGUGUGUGUGUGUGUGUGUGUGUGUGUGUGUGUGUGUGUGUGUGUGUGUGUGUGUGUGUGUUUGCGUCAACGUGGUCCACCGAUUUCUUUUUUUCAGGUUUGUCAUAUCUCCCUUGUUUGUGCGUUGAAACAUUGAGAGUGAAGUAAAUCUCAGAUUAAACAGGGUGGGUGUCCCAUAUAAACAAACCGUUGAAUGAAUAAUAUCACAAGCCUGAAUGCCAUUUCAAAAAUAAAGGAAAUAUUUUGAA